CCCGGUCCGGGAAGAUCCCACGUGCCGCGGAGCGGCUGGGCCCGUGGGCCAUUGCCACUGAGCCUGCACGUCCGGAGCCUGUGCUCCGCAACGGGGGAGGCCACGACAGUGAGGGGCCCGCGUACCACACACACACACACAAAAUUAAGGGUUCAUCAGUCAAGGCAGCUAAAGAACUGGAGAGAGCCACAUUACCUCCUGAACACUGGGAACAAGGACAAGUCCAGUGUCAGAGCACAUUCAGCUGGUGUAACAGUAUUUGUCAUGUGAUUCUCAAGCAGGACCAGUGUCUGCAUUGUGUUCAGGCUAGGAAGUGAAGUACGCAGUUCAGAGUCCACGAAAACCUCCACAAGCUCAGUUGCUGCACGUAACGCACAAAGGUGGGAUUUUACAUCUGGGGCAGGAACCCCGCUGAAACCGGAAGCACGUAUUGCCACGUGGUCUAAUGGGAGCAUAGGUAGGGUCUCCCAACAGCCAAUCCUAGUGCCAGGAGUGUUUAGGAGGCGUAGCCGCGGAGAGACAGCGGCCAAUGGCAGAGAGGUCCGUUAAUAGAGUGAGGGCAACGGCGGGUGAGGGGAACAGAGUACAGCCGCCAGGGGAGGCUGAGGAGCUCUAGGCAGUUCGGUGGUCAGACUGUUCACGUGAACUGUAGCGGUACUUCAGCCACCAAACUUCGAUUCUCGCCCGCCCUUAAACAUCAUGGGAGAUUCACAGAGUGAGCAUCAGCGGAUGUUACGACGCCACAGCCGCGAGAAGACAGAGCUGCAGGCCCACAUUCAGGGCAUGAAGAGCUCGAUCCCCAAGAGCGACAAGCAGAGAAGAAAGCAGUUGCUCCUCGAUGUGGCUCGCCUCGAGGCCGAGAUGGAGCAGAAGCACCAGCAGGAGCUGGAGAAGUUCCAGGAGAGUUUCCCUGAUAACAGCAGCCUCGAUUCUGUCACUGAAGAUCUGGCCAAGCUGGAUCUCGAGAACAAGCCUCCUCACCUCUGGAGGGCACAGAGAAAGCACAAAAGAAAGGAGGCCUUCAAUAGAGAAAGCCAGGAUUGGAUGGACAAGGCUGAGAUGGAGCAUCUGGCCAGCUUGCGCCAUGACGAGGAAAUGAAGCUCGGCGCCAUCCUGCGGGCCAAGCAUCUGGAGGUGAAGGAUAUCCCGGCCGACGACCACUGCACGUACCGCGCCAUCCAAGACCAGCUGGUGUUCUCCGUGACCGUGGGGAGCCUGCGGAGGCGCACCGCCGAGUACAUGCGGCAGCAUGUCGACGACUUCCUGCCCUUCUUCAGCAACCCCGAAACCGGCGACGCCUGCAGCCGCGACGACUUCUUGAGCUACUGCGACGACAUCGUGUUCAGCGCGUCGUGUGGAAGCCAGCUCGAGCUGAGGGCCCUGUCGCACGUCCUGCAGACCCCCAUCGAGGUGAUCCAGGCCAACUCGCCCGCCGUCGUCAUCGGAGAGGAGUACACCAAGAAGCCGCUCACCCUGGUCUGCAAGCAGUACUCUUACAGCAGCGCAGAGCACUACAACUCGGUGAAGCCACUCGACACCGGCUCCGGCGGGAGCGUGGCCCGGCGUCUCAUCUAGGCCCGCUGCCGCCAUCGCCGUGACGGCCGCCGUUGGAGCCGAAUCUGCCGCCGCCGCGUCUCCUCAGCAGGCUCCGCUUUUUUCCUUCGGUUUUCUCAAGGUUUUGUUGAUUCAUUUUACUUAGAGCUCACCCCUCUCUCCUCCCCCGCCCCCCUUCUUCCUCCCUCGCUCUUCUAUCCUCCUCGAUCGUCCCUGGGUUGCUUCUUUCACGGGGUAGGGGGAUCGGAGGCUGGUGACCAGGAAGAGAUCUGUACCGUCCUACCCUAGCGGAGUGAGUUUGCCAAGUUCUCACCUUUCUUGCCCUGAAGGGUCUCUGCGCCCCACCCAAGAGAACUGGUCACGUUGCAAGUAACUUUGGGGUUCAAAAAAUGGCAACUUGGUUUGAUGCGUUCUUCACUUGGGGAAAAAAAUCAGUUUAGCUCAGAAUCUUCCGGUUGCCCCGUGAAUGUAUUCAUUACUUAAAGUUGGAGUUGAUGUGAAUGAAAUGAUUUGGGAAUGCCUUUUGCUUAGUUCUUUGGGGAAAAAAAUGUAUCGUGGGCUGUUUGGGGGUUUUGCUUUCCACUUCAACAGGGCUACUCAGGAGACGUCUCAAGUUACAAACAAGACCUCCUCUAGUUUUUUUCUUUUUUUUUUUUUUGGCUGCACUGGGUCUUCCUUGCAGUGUGGGGGCUCUAGGCGCGCGGGUUCCAGUAGUUAUGGUGUGUGGGCUUAGUAGUUGUGGCUUGCAGGCUCCAGAGCGCAGGCUGAGUAGCUGUGGCUCACAGGCUUAGUUGCUCCGCGGCAUGUGGGGUGGGGUCUUCGCUGACCAGGGCUCAAACCUGUGUCCCCGGGAUUCUUAACCACUGAGCCACCAGGGAAGCCCUAGUAUUUUAUUUUGUUUUUUCAUAAAACCUUGUAUGGUUGCAAAUUAAUUACAGUUGUUUAGAUGUUUCCUGAAUUCUAAAUAAUGUUUGUUAACUUUAGAAGUUAAAUGUAAGCGUUAAAUGUAGAAAGUACAUUUACCUAAACUGAUAGGCUAGAUAAGGCUUGCUCUAAGAUGUGAACGAUCUCAAUUUAAUUUCCUUUAUUAAAUAUAAGAAAGGACAUGACUUUAUUCAAGUAGUUGAUUCAUUUCAUUAUAUCUGCAACUGAUGUGAACUAAGAAGAGGCAAACUGAUAGGUAGUUUAACUUGCUGUGAGGGGUGACAUCAACUACUAAGUUUCCUUUAUUCUCAGACAUAAAAGGGUAUAACGUUGUUCAAGCAGUUGGUCCACUUUGUUCUAUCUACAACUGGUAUGAAUGUGAAAGAUCUGAACUUAGUCGUUUUCCUUAAUUCUUAGAGAUAAAAAGUAUUUAAAGAGAGAUUUUAAAAAGUAUUAAAGUAGUUGAUUCAUUUUGUUAUAUCUGCAACUGGUAUGAAGCAAAAAAAAAGUGAGCAAUAAACUUUUGUUGAUAUUUGAGACUUGUUGAUAUCUUGAAUUUGCCAAAAAAUGUAAAAGUGAAAUGAUUUGCAGUAAACAAUUUAAAAAAUUUAACCUUUAGAUCCUAUAUUUCAGUGAGAUUACUUAAAUUCAUUUAAAAAUUCUUUGUACACACCAAAUGUUCUAAAAUGAAAUAUACAAAGGGGAAAAGGGGAACCGUAGUUUGUUUAAAGAAUAAAAGCAGUUUAAAAAAUACCCGGUUUUCCAUUUUUGUAUAGCUGACUUAGUUCAUAUAGAGUUUGUAUCCCAGGAUCGACUUCAGCAAAGGAAUCCUGGAGGGUUAGGGAGCAGGAGUGAAGGGGGAGGACACAGUGACAGAUGAGGCUUUUGGAAGGAGGAAUGGGCCUGCAGUCUUGAUGGUGGCCUGGAGUGGAAUAUCUCCCAGGGAUGGAUUUAGGGAGUAACAAGAUAGUUGAAGCUAUCCUGACUUGAUGUUUCACUCAGUGCAAACAUCAUGAAAUGGCUUCAGUUAAGGAUGUUCUCAUUGCUAUGCAUGAAAAAGAAUUCUCACUUUCAAAAACUUGCCAGUCCAGGGCUAGUUGCAGGAGGGAAAGAAGUGCCACUGUUUUUUUUUUUUCUUGAAGGCGGGGGUGGGGGGGGGAAUCUGUUUUCAAAAUACAAAUAUAGAAAUCCUGCCAGAUAGCUCACUGUGUAAAUGUGUGCAUCACAUACAUUUUCAGAUAGCCAGCUGGCUGAGAAGAGGAAGUCCCUGAGAAAACUAGGUAUUUGGAUGCAUUGUGAGAAGAGAGCCUUUUAUAGGGAUGAGAAUGCUGGCUGGGGAAGGAAGAAUAGGCCAGGAAGGGAG